AUGGAUAUCGCAUACGACCAUAUCCAAGAGAGCUCAUUCCCUAAGGUGGAAGAGGAGGACAAGAAGGACUCGAAGCAGGAACCACCACCGCAGCCGACGCUGAACGAGGAUAUACAGGAGGCAUACAAGGCGAUUUCGUCGAGUACUUGGGGUUCGAGGAUUGGUGGGUUUAUCGGGAGUGUUGUCAAGCAGGGCGAGCAAGUCUACAGUCAUGCCCAACAGGAGCUUAGCGCCGUUGGCGGUGAGGCCACGCGUGGCUUCUCAGACCUCCGGGAAGCUGUGAUCAGCCGAACGCGAUCCCUUUCCCUAACGACGGCGGUACCAGCACAAUCUAGCUCUACGGACCAGACGACAAGAGAUGCGAAUCAGGGCGAGGACAGGGCAGCGACGCCCACGAAUAACGGAGCGGGCGAUACGAUGCUCGGGAGGUUCAAAUCCGAGGCAGCGAAACGUCUACACGACCUCCAGCGAGCUGAAGAUGCUGCUGACGAGGCGCUCCUCAAGUUCGGAACCAACAUGCGUGACUUCUUGAAGAGCGCCAUUACGAUUGCGCCACCGGCCGAGGGUGAGGGCCAGGGCAGCACGGUCAUGUUCGAGAGCAAAGACGCCCAAGGCAAGAGGGUUAUCCACACGUCUCGGUUCGAUGCUCAACUUCAUGUUAUCCACACCUCGGUGGAUAGCUUCACCAAGGAUCCCGAGAGUGAGGAGUUUACGACCUGGGCGAAGGACUUUGAUGUGGAGAAGAAGACGGCGGAUAUCAGCAGUGAUCUCUCCAAAUAUCCCGAGCUCCGGUCGACGAUGGAGAAGCUUGUGCCGGAUCAGAUUCCGUACGCGGAUUUCUGGAAGCGCUACUAUUUCGUGAGGCAUAGUAUCGAGACGGCUGAAGCUAGGAGGCGUGAUCUUCUCAAAGCUGCCUCCGCUGAGGACGAAGUCGGAUGGGGUGACGAUUCCGAUGAUGAGACCGACGACAACAACACCCAGAAAGACAAGCGCCCGGGAUCCACCGAAUCCUCGACGACUAUCCACCCUCCCGCCCCUGUCCCCGCCGCCGUAUCCUCGCUUAAGCCCAGAAAAUCAAACGACGAGAAGUCCCAACCCGACAGUGAAGCCAGCUACGACGUGGUGGGAGCGCAGUCGGGAGUUCCCAGCCAGGCGCCGAACAGCCCCAAGGACUCGAAGAAAGAUGACGACAGCGAUGACGAUUGGGAGUAG